AGACGGCGAAGAAGACAGCAGAUAGUCUACUGGAAACUCACAGGAAGAAAAAUAAGUCAACGGAAGUGAAGUGACCAAGAACAAUUUCCACGUUAGCGUUUUUAUUUAGACGUUUAUUAAAACCCUGGAACUUAAAGACUAAUUUAACUGCACAUCAUCAUAUACUUACCGCAUGUAAUGUCUAAUUCGGGUUAAGGACUUGGUUGAUAGAUGUUAUCUAGGUAAUGCUAGCUAACUGCUAACAAUGGCUAACUGUAUGGUUUUUCACACUCAAAUAGCCUCCAUCAUGGAGGUGCUAGCAAAUGCUGCGGUGACAGAGAUCUGCAAACUCGUAGACGACGACUAUGCAGUGCUUCGUUUGGAAAUAAGUCAAAGCCAGAAAGAAAACAGGGCAUUGCGGAGGAAACUACUGGAACUGAAGGUGGCACGGGAGCGCGCAGAGAGAACAACACGAGAGCGCGUCCUCGCCAGUCGACCCAGUAGUGUCAAGAUCCUCGACCGAUACAGAGGAAUGGCAAGAGGUGAAGAACAUGUCACUGGAGGACACAGGAUCUUUGUGAAGCCAGUGGGACAUAAUACACUGAGCGAUGAUAAACCAAUCACUGUUGAUGAGGGGAGUGGAACCUCAACCCAGCACAUUAUCAUGAUAGAGUCUGCAGAGGUUGCAUGUCUUGGGGUCAAGCACGAGAUGUCUGAAGGAGAGGAGGACCCACGGCACAGCAGAGACAUCCAGACUGGAGAGACUGGACCACCCCUUGUAGCCAUGGAGGACCCCACCACCACCCCAGCACAGCCCAGGAUCAGAAGCAGCAUCACGGAGGUCAGUGGAAGGCCAGAUGCCGUCCUCAAGUCAGAGACAGACACCAAGACUUUAACUGUAACACAAAGGCAUUUACACAGAGAGAGACAGGGGCUGGGGAGGCUGGGCUGUCCUCCUGCUCCCAGCUCAGAGUAUUUACUUUACGAUAACCCGAGCCCGGUUCAUUCCCAUCGAGACUCAGGUGACGAGACUGGCAAUGAACCGUCUUGUUCUUACACUACAGAGAUGGACCCUGGCACGCCAUUGGGUUUAGAGACACAAACUGGUCCAUCUAGAGGUGAUUGGGACCGGUACAGUAGUAGUGUAUACUCUGAAGGGUGCCUAGAUAAGAAAGGGGAGGGUCUGAUCGUAGAUGAUGUGAAAGUGGAGGGCGAUGUUCCUCCCACAUGGAAUGCAGAUAGUCACCUUGGAGACGGACACUCACAAGGCAGAGAUUUCUUAGACAGCAGGGAAAGCUUAAAGACAAAUCUAAAUGUCGCAACCCACUCCUCCUUACAAGCGUUCAGAGAUCGCGACCCAGUGUCCACGUCGAUGGGGCCUUCUGAUUCACACGGCCGCGUUCUUUUCGAUCAGGUAUUGAACUCAAACGACCGGGCUAGAGCCCAGGCUCAGGGAGGGGGAGCUACAUCAGGCAAUAGUAAAGAGAAAAGGUUCCUCUGCAUGUUCUGUAACAAAGGCUUCAGUUGCUCCCAAAAGGUGGAGAUCCACCAGAGGGUCCACACAGGGGAGAAACCUUUUAGCUGUACCCAGUGUCACAUGCGCUUCGCAGAGGCUGGCAACCUGAAGAGGCACCAGAGGGUCCACACAGGGGUGAAACCAUUCAGCUGUACCCAGUGUCACAUGCCCUUCGCCCAGGCUGGCAGCCUGAAGAGACACCAGAGGGUUCACACAGGAGAGAAACCCUUUAGCUGCUCUCAGUGUGAGAAGAGGUUCUCACGCCAGCACCAGCUUAAGAUCCACCUGAAGGUCCACACAGGAGAGAGACCAUUUACCUGUACGCACUGCGGAAAGAGGUUCUCAGAAAGGAGCUGCCUCAGGAUACACCAGCAGAAAAACCAUUCCACUCUAUAACAUAGGAAGUAACCAUUCCACCCAAUAUCUGAUGUUGAGAUUUCAGCAUUUAAUAUUCCUGGGUAGAAUAUUACAUCCAGACAUGGUGUAAAAUACAGUAUAAGGCAUAUAUAUACAGUGCCUUCAGAAAGUAUUCACACCCCUUGGCUUUUUCCACAUUUUGUUGUUACAAAGUGGAAUUAAAAUGGAUUUAAUUGUGCUUUUUUUGUCAAUGAUCCACACAAAAUGGAAUUUCUUACAUUUGUUUAAAAAAAGAAAAAUAACACGAUCUUUAUUAGCUUAGUAUUCAACCCUCCGAGUCAAUACAUGUUAGAGUCACCUUUGGCAGCGUAAUCGCUGUAAGCCCUUUCCACACCUGGUUUGUGCAACGUGUGCCGAUUUUAUUCUUCUCAAAAUUCGUCAAGUUCUGUCAAAUUGGUUAUUGAUCAUUGCUCGACAACAAUUUCAGGUCCUUCGCUCCAUUCUGUUAUUUUUUUAAAAAUCCUGAUAAACUCCCCAGUCCUUAACGAUUACAAGCAGACAUAAGCCUAGGAAGAGUAGUGUGAAUAUUGUAUAUAUGUUUUUAUAAUUUUGAUUGUUUCUUUUUGCAUUUUUAUAUUUUAGUUUUGGCUGCUCUAGGGUUUGAUCACUAUAUCCUGUGGUCUUGACUCUUAAAGUUGCAGGAUCGUAAAUGAAGUAUUUUGGCUUGCUGGCUGUUUGUUUAAUCUGUUUGGAAAUAUUACAACAAGGACUGCAUGCUGUGUCCAGAGGUAACAGAGGAAGUUCCAGUGAAAGCUCCUAACCAAGGGGUUGAAUACUUAGUGUCAAGAAAAAGUUUGUUAACCCUUUGGAAAUACCUGAAUUCCUGCAUAAAUUGGUCAUAAAAUUAGAUCUGAUCUUCAUCUAGGCCACAACAAUAGACAAAUGGUCUGCUUAAACUAAUAACACACAAACAAUUAUACGUUUUCAUGUCUUUGAGCACAGUGUAAAUAUUCACAGUGCAGGGUGGGAAAAGUGAAGCCUUGGAUUUAAUAACUGGUUGACCAUCCUUUGGCAGUUUUCUGUAGUUGUGGAUCAGAACUGCACAAUGGUCAGAAGGAAUUUUUCACCAUUCCUCUUUACAAAACUGUUUCAGUUCAGCAAUAUUCUUGCGGUGUCUGGUGUGAACUGCUCUCUUGAGGUCAUGACACAGCAUCUCAAUCAGGUUGAGGUCAGGACUCAGGUCAGGCAUAUUUUCAUCUGUUGAAGCAAUUCUGUUGUUGAUUUACUUCUGUGUUUUGGGUCGCUGUCCUGUUGCAUCACCCAACUUCUGUUGAACUUCAAUUGGCAGACAGCCUAACAUUCUCCUACAAAAUGUAUUGAUAAACUUGGGAAUUCAUUUUUCCAUUGAUGACAGCAAGCUAUCCAGGACCUGAGGCAGCCCCAAACCAUGAUGAUCCCUCCACCAAACUUUACAGUUGGGAUGAGGUUUUGAUGUUGGUGUGCUGUGUGUUACUUCCAAACAACUCAACUGUAGUUUCAUCUGUCCACAUAAUAUUUUGCCAGUAGCGCUGUGGAACAUCCAGGUGCACUUUUGCAAACUUCAGACGUGCAGCAGAUUUUUUUGGACAGCAGGGACUUCUUACGUGGUGUCCUCCCAUGAACACAAUUCUUGUUUAGUUUUUUACUUAUCGUAGACUAGUCAACAGAGAUGUUCCAGAGAUUUCUGUAAGUCUUUAGCUGACACUAGGAUUCUUCUUAACCUCGUUGAGCAUUCU